UCAACCAAAGCGCACCCCUACGAAGACCUUUGCUUCUUUGGUUGGCAUUUAUGUAAUCCUUUGAAAAUACAUCAUCAACUCUCACCUGUAUGAAAACUACUCGUAUAUAUUUGCCUUUGCGUAGUAUUAAUUGACUUAAGAGGAUUUUAAGGAAUAUGUCGACUGAUUCCAAGUGGUCUUGGGUGGUUUGCAUGUGUGCAACCAUUGCAAACAUGUUGAUGUUUGGUUUUGCUCUCGGGUUUGGUGUUUAUCAGCCAGUAUUGAUGGAAUAUUUUGGUGAGAAUAAGGAAACAACAUCAAGAGCGGGAUCCAUCACCAUAGGUCUCAUCCUCUUCAGUGGACCAUUUGCAGUUUUUUUAACUGAUCGGUUUGGACACAGAGCUGUUGCAAUGACUUGUGGUUUAAUGUGUUCUAUAUCUUUAACAGUUAGCUCAUUUGUGAAACACUUAAUGAUCCUAUAUGUGUCAUAUAGUGUUUUGUUUGGGUUUUGUGGUGGCAUCAUUUUAAAUGUUUGCUAUACAAUAACUAGAAUGCAUAUCACAAAGCAUUGGCCAUUGGCUGCAGGAAUAGUUUCUUCUGGAUCUAAUGUUGGAUUAUUGAUAUUGACACAGUGCAAUGAGUUCCUUAUUGAGGCUGUUGGAUGGAGAAAUUCCYUUAGAGUAAUGUCUGGUGUAAUKUUUUUUAUUUGCAUUGCUGCUGCARUAUUCCAACCUAUCCCAAAUCAAAAUAAUGAACAUGAAUUAGAAGGAAAGAAAGUCCAAAAUAAUGCAGGAGCUAAUCAAGAAGCUGUUUUCAAAGAAGAGGAARUCACAUUGUAUAUGAAAGAAAGAGAUGAAAUUGCUAGUGAGAACCACAUGGAAAGUCUACAACUAAAUGUAUCAAGUCAAAAGGCAGAUUUACUAGAACAACCAAACAAUGAAAUAACAUUAAACAGAGAAGAAGUUAUUAUCCAGGAACAUAGCACAGAAAGACAAAUUGGCAAUAGAAAAAUGACUUGGAAAGACUGUUUCUCAUUGUUUAAGAACAUUACAUUUGUUGUCGGUCUGAUUUUUGCUGUGCUUGCAUAUUUUGGAAUAUAUUCUCCACAUAUUCAUUUGGUUCAGUUUGCYAAGGAUUUGGGUAUCUCAAGCAGGGAAGCAGCACAAUUUUACAUAUAUUUYGCAAUUGCAAACAUUAUUUCAAGAAUUGUUAUUGGUCAAGCAGUGCAAAAGUUUAAGUUUUCUCCAUUUAUUGCUCUCCAAAUAUCAAUACUAGUCAGUGGGCUCGCAGUUAUUUUCCUGUCAUUUGCCAAGAAAUAUGUACACUUUGUUGUGUUUGGCAUUGUUUAUGGUACAGCAAAUGGAUGC